CAGCCGAAACCCAAGCCCAAGCCUUUCCUAGUUUCGAGCUGCAAAGUUGCAAUCUUUUUUCGCUUUUAGUACUUUCCUUUGCCAUGCUGUGCAUGGCGGCGUUGGUGCGGGCGCUGCUUGUGGCCGCCGUGGCUGCGGCGGCGGCGGAGGCGCUGAGCCUGGACGUCCACCAUCGGUACUCGGCGGCGGUGCAGGGAUGGAUGGGGCACCGCGCUCCGGCGACCGGGACGGCAGAGUACUACGCGGCGCUGGCCGGGCACGACCUCCGGCGGCGGUCACUCGCCACCGAGGCCGGCGGGGAGGUGGCCUUCGCCGACGGCAACGACACCUACUGGCUCAACGAAUUCGGAUUCUUGCAUUACGCGGAGGUGGCGCUGGGGACGCCGAACGUGACGUUCCUGGUGGCGCUCGACACCGGCAGCACCCUCUUCUGGGUGCCCUGCGACUGCAUCAAGUGCGCCCCCCUCGUCUCCCCCGACUACAGGAAUUUGAAGUUCAACGUGUACAGCCCUCAGAAGUCGAGUACUAGCCGAAAGGUCCCGUGCAGUAGCAAUUUGUGUGAUCUCCAGAAUGCCUGCCCAUCUGCAAGUAACAGCUGCCCCUACAGUAUCGAAUACUUAUCUCAUAACACGUCAUCCUCCGGGGUACUUGUUGAGGAUGUAGUGUACCUGAUAACCGAAUCUGGACAGCCGAAAAUUGUUACAGCCCCCAUAACAUUCGGUUGUGGGCAGAUUCAGACAGGUUCAUUUCUAGGCAAUGGUGCGCCCAAUGGUUUGCUUGGUCUUGGUAUGGACAGUACAUCACUUCCUAGUCUUCUAGCAAGUGAAGGAAUCGCGGCCAAUUCAUUCUCCAUGUGCUUUGGAGAAGAUGGUCAUGGUACACUCAACUUUGGGGACAUGGGAAGCUCAGACCAGCAGGAAACUCCAUUAAGUAUCUAUAAACAAAACCCAUAUUACAACAUAAGCAUCACUGGUGUUACUGUGGGAAGUAAAUCAUUUAACACCAUGUUUAGUGCUAUUGUUGACUCCGGCACCUCUUUCACGACUUUGGCUGAUCCAAUGUACACUGAAAUCACUAGCAGUUUCAAUUCACAAGUCCAAGAUAAGCCAAGCCAACUGAACUCUUCCCUGCCAUUCGAAUAUUGCUACUCCGUAAGUGCCAAGGGAUCUGUCAAUCCUCCAAACAUAAGUCUGGCAGCAAAAGGUGGAAGCAUAUUUCCAGUUAAUGAUCCAAUAAUUACGUUAACGGACACUGCAUCUAAUCCAAUUGGCUAUUGCUUGGCUAUUAUGAAGAGCGAGGGUGUUAACUUAAUAGGGGAGAAUUUUAUGUCUGGGCUGAAGGUUGUAUUUGAUCGAGAGAGGAUGGUCUUGGGUUGGAAAAUUUUUGAUUGUUACAGCGCGGACAGUUCAAGCAACCUUCCAGUAAACCCAAAUCCUUCUGCUGUUCCUCCAAAGCCUGCAUUAGGACCGAACAGUUACAACCCUGAAGCUGUCAAUGUAUUGCAACCUUCUGCAAGUUUUUCACUGCAGCAGUAUUUCAACAGAAACGUGGUCAUGGCAGCUGCUCUGCUAUUUCUCGCGAUCCUUUGAUCAGCUCAAUUCUACACAUGACAGUCUUUUUCUUAAAAAACCCACUUAUGUGAUAGAUUUAGUUGAAGCUCCAUUACCUUAUAUUGAUUUACGUAUAGCGGUAUAGGACCACAUUCUUUUUGGCUUGCGUCCAUAGUUGCAGUAGGAUUUACAGGGUAGAACACGGGAUGAGCCAUAGCCUCAUAGGCCAUUUUUGUUUGAUUUUUACAUGUUAGUAUAUCUUGAAAUAAUGCGCUCCACCCAGGGUUUGUGUCGAGGUGGAUGCACAUAUAUAGAUAACUUCUGGAUGUAUUGAUUUUAUAGAAUAAGUGAAUGGUGAUACUGGCGUAUA